AUGGACCAGAGCGUGGUCUAUGCCGACCUGAAGUUUGCUGUGGCCCCCCCACUCACCUCCCCCGCCUGCCCCACAGCCCCCGAUGAGGAUGACAGCCCCUAUGAGAACGUGCCGCUGGGGCCGGUGCCGGUGGAGCCCAGCCCAGGGCGCUGGCCGCAGCGUUGGCGUGUCCCCGCGGGACUGCUGGCAGCCAGCCUGCUGCUGCUGCUGGUGGUCACUGUGGCCCUGGGGGCUUGCUACUGGCAGGUCACCCGCAGCCUGCAGGACGCCUCCCGUGAGCAUGCGGCCGAGCAGGGCCGCCUCUCGCAGGAGGUGAGCGUGCAAGAGCUGCAGCGAGCGUGGCAGGAGGGCAACAGCAGCCAGCUGGAGCUGGGGAGCCGGGACGCUGAGCUGGAGCGCACCAGGCAGGAGCUGGCUGUGCUGCAGAAGGAAGUGCAGGAGGUGCAGGGGGAGCUCAGGGCCAGCAAGAGCACUGUGAGCAGCCUGCGUGCCUGCGUGAAUACAGAUUGCUGCCCCUCGGGCUGGGUGCUCUACAGGAGCAAGUGCCUCUUCGUCUCGGUGGAGAAGAAGUCGUGGCUGGACAGCCAUAAAGACUGCAGUGGGAAAUCCGCUCAGCUGCUGGUCCAAGGCGACUGGCCGUCAUGGAUGAUGCUG